GGCGGUUGGGAGUCAGAUCUUAAGAGUCAAUGUAUUAAAGGAACGACCACAAAUGAACAUCCCGGAUAUAUCGAACCUCGAGAAGGUUCAAACUGCACGAUUCCACCGCCGGGUGGUUGGGAGUCAGAUCUUAAGAGUCAAUGUAUUAAAGGAAAGACCUC